AUCAUAUCCAGAUACGACAAGAAAGUGAACCAGCAUAUGAAGGGUAUCCUUUGCCGUCCCGCUAUAUGUUGCUUGGAUAAGUGGAAAGAGGAGAAGAAAAGAGAAGCAGCGACAAUGGGGGGUGAAAGGAGGGGAAUUAUGGAUUGUGUAGUUGGUUCUAGUCCGUGUUCCAUCUGUUCCACCACAUUGGCAUCAACGACCAUUGAUAGCACGAGAC